AUGAUGCGGCGUUGGGUGGUGUCUGAAGUACAAGCCAGUGGCAACACAGAACAUGACACUAACACAGCAGCAAGUCUAUCUCUCACAAGUGUCUGUCAUGCGAGUCUCUAUAUCUCUAACUAUCGCUUAGACGUAUCUAUCUAUCUAUCUAUCUAUCUAUCUAUCUAUCUAUCUAUCUAUCUAUCUAAGGUUGUUAAAUUUCCCCAUUCUCUCUCUUCUCUCUAUCUAUCUACCUCAGUCUGUUCAUAUCUAUCUCGUUAUCUAUCUCGGUAUAUUCAUAUCUAUCGGUCUAUAUCACUUGGUUCAUAUCUAUCUAUCUAUCUAUCUAUCUAUCUAUCUAUCUAUCUAUCUAAGGUUGUUAAAUUUCCCCAUUCUCUCUCUUCUCUCUCUCUUCUCUCUAUCUAUCUACCUCAGUCUGUUCAUAUCUAUCUCGUUAUCUAUCUCGGUAUGUUCAUAUCUAUCGGUCUAUAUCACUUGGUUCAUAUCUAUUCAUCUAUCUAUCUAUCUAUCUAUCUAUCUAUCUAUCUAUCUAUCUAUCUAAAGUCUGUUCAUAUCUAUCUCGUUAUCUAUCUCGGUAUGUUCAUAUCUAUCGGUCUAUAUCACUUGGUUCAUAUCUAUCUAUCUAUCUAUCUAUCUAUCUAUCUAUCUAUCUAUCUAUCUAUCUAUCUAAUCUAUCUCAAUCUGUUCAUAUCUAUCUCUAUUCUGUUCAUAUCUUUCUCUUUAUCUAUCUCGGUCUGUUCAUAUCUAUCUAUCUAUCUAUCUAUCUAUCUAUCUAAACAAUCAUUUCUAGUAGUAGCCAUCUUCGCAGAAAACGCAUUUUCUAUAUUAUUAACGUUGUCGCUUAUUCAGGACAUCUAUUUGUUUGAAUCUACUUUUGUAUGUGAUCAUUUUUCCGGGUUGAGACCUAGUCUUUCUUUUUUCAUUCUUUCUUACGUUUAUCUUUUCUUUCUUUCUUUCUUUUUUCCAGUCUUUCUUUUUUCAUUCUUUCUUACUUUUAUCUUUUCUUUCUUUCUUUUUUCUUCCAUUUCUUUCUUUUUCCAUUCUUUUUUCCAUUUUUUAAUUCUUUCUUUCUUUUCUUUCUUUUUUAAUUCUUUCUUCUUUCUUUUUUCCAUUUUUUCUUUUUUCCAUUCUUUUUUCUUUUCUCUUUUCUUUCUUUCUUUUUUCUAUUCUUUCUUUCUUUUUCAUUCUUUUGCCCUUUCUCUUUUCUUUCUUUCUUUCAUUCUUUUUUUCUUUUCUUCCUUUCUUUCUUUCUUCAUUCAUUUUUUUCUUUCUCCCUUUUUUACUCUUUCUUUCUUUCUUUCUUUCUUUCUUGCUUUCUUUCGUUCUUUCUUUCUGGAAAAGUCCAAAUAUCUAUCUAUCUAUCUAUCUAUCUAUCUAAGCAUAUCUAUAAAAAGAAUACCCGCUCGGCCCGCAUAUUCCUAUCUAUCUAUCUAUCUAUCUAUCUAUCUAUCUAUCUAUCUAUCUAUCUCAGUUUACUCCUAUCUAUCUAUCUAUCUUUCUAUCUAUCUAUCUAUCUAUCAGUCUGUUCAUAUCUAUUUAUUAGUCUCUUCAUAUCUAUCUAUCUUAGUCUCUUCAUAUCUAUCUAUCUAUCUAUCUAUCUAUCUAUCUAUCUAUCUAUCAUCUGUUUCUAUCUAUCUAUCUAUCUAUCUAUCUAUCUAUCUAUCUAUCUAUCUAUCUAGUCUGUUUUUAUCUAUCUAUCUAUCUAUCUAUCUAUCUAUCUAUCUAUAUGUUCAUAUCUAUCUAUUAGCCUGUUCAUAUCUAUCUAUCUAUCUAUCUAUCUAUCUAUCUAUCUACCUGUUCAUAUCUAUCUAUCUAUCUAUCUAUCUAUUAGCCUUGUGUUCAUAUCUAUUUAUUAGUCUCUUCAUAUCUAUCUAUCUAUCUAUCUAUCUAUCUAUCUAUCUAUUAGCCUGUUUCUAUCUAUCUAUUAGCCUUCUCUUCAUAUCUAUCUAUCUAUCUAUCUAUCUAUCUAUCUAUCUAUCUAUCAUCUGUUUCUAUCUAUCUAUCUAUCUAUCUAUCUAUCUAUCUAGUCUGUUUUUAUCUAUCUAUCUAUUUAUCUAUCUAUCUAUCUAUCUAUCUAUCUAUCUAUCUAUCUAUCAGUAUGUUCAUAUCUAUCUAUUAGCCUCCUGUUUCUAUCUAUCUAUUAGCCUGUUUCUAUCUAUCUAUCUAUCUAGCUAUCUAUCAGUCUAUCAGUCUGUUCAUAUCUAUUUAUUAGUCUCUUCAUAUCUAUCUAUCUAUCUAUCUAUCUAUCUAUCUAUCUAUCUAUCUAUCUGUCAUUGCUCGUCUCUCCUUCAGUCUCUCUCUCUCUCUCUUUAUAUUUCUUUACAGUUGCACAUUCGGCAGUUGAUGAAGUCUUCUCGUUUCUUGAUACUACAGAUGCUGAUACCAUAUCGUGCACGUCACCACGGUCCCAAUUGCACUGCCAGCCAAUGUCCCAGACCGUCUUUAUUGACCAAAAACACGGCCAACACACCAAUCAUCGCCGUUGGCCUCGUUCUCAAUCAGAGUCCCCAGCUCGACCAAUCAGCAUGCAGACCGCCACUAGACAAAUCGUGCCAAGCAGCAUAA